CGGCCCGAUCGAUCGAGCUCCCCGCUUCGUGUCACUCACUCACUCACCCUCCCGGCCUCCCCUCCUCCCUCGACCACCUCACCGCUGUGCUACCUUGCUCCAGUCCUAUCUCGACGGCCGGCCAAUAUAACAACAGGAAGGGGGUAUUCUGAUCUCAUCGUCGAUCUCAUGGCGACGACGGAGAUGGAGAUGGGCAUGGGCGUCGUCGUCGGCGGCGGCAGUAACAGUAACAAUGGAGGAGGCAGCAGCAGCAGCAGCGGGCUGGUGGUGACGGAGCUGAGCCACAUCAAGGAGCUGGUGAGGCAGCUGGAGGUGCACCUCGGCGGCUCCCCGGACCUCUGCAAGCACCUGGCCUCGCAGAUCUUCUCCCUCACCGAGCGCUCCAUCGGCCUCAUCACCUCAUCCAACCUCGACGCCGGCGCCGCCCGCCGGAAGCGGUCCGCGAGCGACGCCGCCGGGCUCGCCUCCCCACUCUCCGCGACGCCCACCAGCGACGUCACGGACGGGCCGUUCAAGAACAACACCAAGAAGAGGAAGGUGAUGGGACAGCGGAGGGAGAGGGUGAGCUCGGCCGGCGGCGAGAACCCCGUCGACGACGGCCAUAGCUGGAGGAAGUAUGGCCAGAAGGAGAUUCUCGGAGCCAAGCACCCAAGGGGCUACUACCGCUGCACGCACCGCCACUCGCAGGGGUGCCCGGCGACGAAGCAGGUGCAGCGCACCGACGAGGACGCCACGCUGUACGACGUCAUCUACCACGGCGAGCAUACCUGCGUCCACAGGCCAGCGGUGCCGGCGGAGCACAACGCGGACGCGCACGCCCACCUGCAGACCCUGAGCGCCGGCCUCACGGUGAAGACCGAGGGCCUGCCCACGGCCGCCACGCCCUUGUACCUCUCCGCCUCCACGCCCCUGGCGCCGGCGUCGACGGCGUCGGAGAACUGGGGCGUGGUGUCGCCCGCGACCUCGGACUCCAACCACGUCGCCGCCUCCUACCUGCCGUUCGACGACGCCGAGUGGCGGGGCCACGCCGAGCUCCAGGAGGUGGUGUCCGCGCUCGUGGCCGCCAGCGCGCCGCCGCCGCCGCCGUUGCCGCCCGCCGUGGACAGCCUCGACGACCUCCUCUUCGACAUCGACAUCGCCAGCUACUUCGCGUGAAUCGUGAUCCGCGACGUGUUGUAGCUGAUCAAGGGUAGUAGGGGAUGUGACCGAGCCCUCUGAACACAACAGAGGAGGGAAGAGCACCGGACAGAGCUCUCUGCUUUCCUGGGUCCAUGCAGAUGCAGGCGUAUAGUACCGUAGGAGAUGAUGAACAAGAGUAGAGAUUGUGUCUUUUUUUUACCCCUCUUUUUUUGUUAAAUCUUUUUCCUCUUCUGAUGAGGCCUUUUUUUUGCUAAUCAUUUUCCUCUUCUGAUGAGGCUUGAGAGUGCUGUGUUUGUAUUGUAUUAUUGAAUUUUUUUUUUGUGCCAAGGGAAAAUAAGAUCCUUCGAGCUAUGUGAGAA